AUGGAAACAGAUGAGACUCAAGACAUGUCCCAAGUUUCUGGGAAAGAAAGUCCUCCAGUAAGCGAUGCUCCAGACGAUGCUGAUGAGCCCAUGCCUGUACCAGAAGAUCUUUCAACUAGCACAGGAGGAUUGCCAAAUUCUAGAAAUGAAAGAGUUUUGGCCAGUAAUAUUAAAAUAGAGACACAGAGUGAUGAAGAGAAUGGGCAUGCCUGUGAAAUGAAUGGGGAAGAAUGUGCGGAGGAUUUACGAAUGCUUGAUGCCUCUGGAGACAAAAUGAAUGGCUCACACAGUGGCAGCAAAGCCAUGUCAGGAGUUGGAGGCAUUCGACUCCCUAACGGAAAGCUAAAGUGUGAUGUCUGUGGGAUAAUUUGCAUCGGUCCCAAUGUUCUUAUGGUUCACAAGAGAAGCCACACUGGCGAACGCCCCUUCCAGUGUAAUCAGUGUGGGGCAUCCUUUACUCAAAAGGGCAACCUUCUCCGCCACAUAAAGUUACACUCCGGCGAAAAGCCCUUCAAGUGCCACUUGUGUAACUAUGCUUGCCGUCGUAGAGAUGCUCUUACGGGCCAUCUGAGGACCCAUUCCGUUGGCAAACCUCAUAAAUGUGGAUAUUGUGGUCGGAGUUAUAAGCAGCGAAGCUCUUUGGAAGAACAUAAGGAGCGCUGCCACAACUAUUUACAAACCAUGAAUCUUUCAGGUGGCAUAUAUCCGGUCUUGAAAGAGGAAACUAGCCAAAGUGAAAUGGCUGAAGACCUGUGUAAAAUGGGAUCAGAGCGCUCCCUUAUGCUGGACAGGCUAGCAAGUAACGUCGCCAAACGUAAGAGUUCUCUGCCUCAGAAAUUUGUUGGUGAGAAAUGUAUAUCUGAUAUUCCCUAUGAUACAACCACCAAUUAUGAAAAGGAGAAUGAUAUGAUGCAAACCCAUGUCAUUGACCAAGCUAUUAAUAAUGCCAUCAAUUAUCUAGGGGCGGAAUCUUUGCGCCCUUUGGUGCAGACAUCCCCUGGUGGCUCAGAAGGAGUGCCUGUCAUCAGUCCAAUGUAUCAGCUUCACAAACCCCUUGGAGACAGCCAUGCUCGAGCCAAUCAUGCAGUUCAGGACAGUGCAGUGGAAAACUUGCUACUACUUUCUAAAACCAAGUCCAUCUCUUCAGAAAGGGACCCUUCACCCAGCAACAGUGGCCAAGACUCCACCGAUACUGAGAGCAAUAAUGAAGAACGUAGUGGUUUAAUAUACCUAACCAACCACAUAGUGCCUCAUGCACGGAAUGGCCUCUCCAUAAAAGAAGAACACAGGCAGUAUGAUGUCCUAAGAGGAAGCAAUGACAGCUCCCAAGAUGCUUUCAAAGUAAUCAAUGGCAAUGGGGAGCAAGUAAAAGUCUACAAAUGUGAACACUGUAGAAUUCUUUUUCUAGACCAUGUAAUGUAUACCAUCCAUAUGGGUUGUCAUGGAUUCCGUGAUCCUUUUGAGUGUAAUAUGUGUGGCUAUCACAGCCAGGAUAGGUAUGAGUUCUCUUCCCACAUAACUCGAGGGGAACACCGUUUCCACAUGAAUUAAAACUUUUGCUGUAUGCAGUAUUUGGAGCAAUGUGAACAGCAGCC